GUUGGUGCUUUAUGUAGUUUAGAUGUUGAAAAGUCUUCUUUUCACAGCCCCAACGGAGAACCAUCGAUAAAAGAACCAAUCCGUUCUUCGGCAGCGAUAAACGGCCAUCUCCAGCGACAUCUCAUCGGCAAACCAAUCCCUUCGCCGGCGGCAUCUCCAGCUCCGGCGAAGACCCACUUUCAGAGCCAAUAUCAACGGCUCAUCCCCACUCUGGCAGCGACGUCUCAUCCCUGUUCCUGCAACAGCAUCUCCAACAAGGGUGAAAACUCCUUAAGUUUUUCCAGAGGCAUCAAUCUCAUUUUGCACCCAAAUCUGCACUUCUCACAGUUGGAAAUAUUGUAAUAGGAGACGAUUAUCAUAGUCGAAUAUGAUCUUGAACCGGUGUUAAGAGAGAUAUCAUGAGAUGGUGAGCGAACUGGGCAGGGCACAACUCAAAUACAAUUCCAUAAAUGUUUACCUUAAUACGGGCGAAAUUUCAAAAUUUGUGCACAUGCUAAUGGUGUUGACAAGGGACCGGUCACUGUUCAUGACUCCAUUCACCCUUUUAUUCUGUUAGGAUACUAGUUUUACACUUUCACCUCAGCAGGCAGCUUCUCCUCCGAUCUUCCUUCCACCACAAAACACACACAACACACAGAAUCCCACAUUCUUUCGGUCAAUGGCUCUAGCAAACUUUCCUUCCGUUGUUCUCAAACCCCCUAAUUCAUCACAAUCUCUAUACCUGUUUCCAUAUCUUCCAAAACCAACACUGCCCAUAUCGGGAAUCAGGCCAAAAACAAAUAAAGUUGGAGUUUUUAAACCAAUUUCAGCAGCCUUGUCAGACCCUUAUGUUCUUCAAUUAGCUGAAAGUCUUGAGGAUUCAAUCCCUUCUGCUUCUUCUUCACCUCUCCAGAAGAUUAGAGACUCCUCUUCAGAGUCCCUUCUCUCCACUCCUUGGCCGACUAGAAAAGAUGAGCCUUUUAGGUUCACAGAUACUUCUUUUAUCAAGAAUUCAAAAAUUUUACCCAUUGGAUCCCCAUCCCAACAGAAUUUCACUUCUUUGAUUGAUACUGCAGAGACCCUUUUGCCCAAUUUGUCUAUAGUGGACGGUUUUGCGGUAAAUUCGUUGUCUUUAUUGUCGGAUUUGCCUAAUGGGGUUUAUGUUGGAGGGUUGUCAACCCUGAAUUCUGAGGCUAUAUUGAAAAGGGUGUCUGAAUAUGUGUCCAGUUUUCAAGGGGAUUUGUUUUGGUCAUUGAACGGUGUUGGUGCACCUGACUUGAUUUUAGUAUACGUGCCUGAGGAUUGUCGAGUUGAGAAACCAUUGCAUUUGAGGUAUUUUUCUGUUGAAGGGAGUGAAAAGGUGUCGAAGAGUUUGCCACUUUCAAACCCGAGGGUGUUGGUGUUGGUGGAAAAGGGAGGGGAGAUUGGUAUAGUUGAGGAGUAUGUGGGAGGGGAUGGGGAUAAGUCCUAUUGGACUAAUUCAGUGAUGGAUGUUGUUGUUGGGGAAGGGGCUAAGGUCAGUCAUUCUUACAUUCAAACUCAGUCUUUGAAUGCUGUUCAUAUCAAGUGGACCUCCGUUCGACAGGAAUCAGCUAGCACUUACGAGCUUAUAGAGCUAAGCACUGGAGGGAAGCUGAGUCGGCACAAUGUUCAUGUACAGCAAUAUGGUCCAGAGACAAGUACAGAAUUAUCCACCUUUCAUUUAUCUUUUGGUGCUCAAAUGCAAGAUUUGCAUAGUAGACUGAUUUUGGAUCAUCCACGUGGAUUUUCUCGCCAACUUCACAAGUGUAUAGUAGCCCAUUCAUCGGGUCAGGCUGUUUUUGACGGAAACAUACAAGUCAACAGAUUCGCUCAGCAAACAGAUGCUGGACAACUCACUAGAAGCCUGCUCCUGGAACCUAGGGCAACCGUGAAUGUUAAACCUAAUCUCCAGAUCAUUGCCGAUGACGUUAAAUGUUCCCAUGGAGCUGCUAUAAGUGACCUGGAGGAGGACCAGCUCUUCUAUUUCCAGGCACGGGGUGUUGACAUAAGAACUGCCAGAAAAGCUCUCAUCUUCUCGUUUGCAGCUGAGGUGACAGAGCGCUAUCCUGAUUCUUCUAUCAGAAAGAGAGUUGAGAAUCAUAUAAGAAAACUUCUUCUUAGGAGUUGAGGCUGAUUAAUAGUACAGGAUCUUGUAUCGAAUAUCAUGAUUUUUCACCACAUUUUUGUAAUACCAAUAACGCUGCCCAUAAGUUCAAGCACAAUUUAAUGCGUUACUAUCUUUGUCCUCCUUACAAUUGUUGUAUCAGUGUUAACCUCU